AUGGGGCUGCCUACUGAGCUGCUGGUGGAGGUGUUCCAGUCGUUGGACUCCAUCGGCCGCUUUCGCUGUCACCGUGUGUGUCCCCUGUGGAACACUCUUCUCACCACGGAAGCCUACUUCCUGGAUGUCCGCGUGUCCGGCCAUGAUGCGGAUUAUGGCAAUUUGCCUUACCAAGUGGAUGAUUUAUACUGGGCACCGGCGUGCUUGCUCAAGUGCCUCCGCAGUACCACCAAGAUGGUGGUCAUUACGAAUCUGGACUUUGACAAAUGCAAGGACAUCGCCGAGCUGCUCAAUGUUAUUCUCAGCAGAAGCCGCAUACCGACGCUAGUGCUGUACGACUGCUGGUUCGGCAUUGGGAUGGCUGUUAUGGAACCGACUGCGGAGGUUAUGGAGUGCCUGGCUGACGCGGUCGCGGGCUGUCGUCAGUGCGACAGAGUGAUGCUAAAGAACUGCAGCAUCUGUGACGAUCAGCUGCGAGCAGCUGUAGGUCAGCAUUCGUUCAUUCCACAAGCGCGGGAGGUAGUAGCGAUGCAGCUAUGGGAUCUCUUUGAACGCUGUCUGGUCCUCAAGAGACCGCUGAUUCAACCGGUCCUGGCGGAAUGGAUCGCUGACUGUGUGGCGCACAAGCGGAAUGAGCAGCUUGAGAAGCACAUUAUUCCGGCUUUGAACACCUACCAGCGCAUAGAUCCACGCCCAUCCACCCACUAUCGCCAUCGGAAAUGGACGGUGUCAUCUAUCUCCGAGUUGGAUGCCAGCAAAAUGACGACACUUACGGCGGCGGCUUUGAACGAAGGCAUUGAUUUGUAGCCGACCAAUCAGACACGCCUACAUGUG